AUGGGUGUUAGUGAUUGAUUAGCUAAAUGUUGUUAUUUUAAUUUCAAUGAUCCCUAGAUGAAUAAGAAUGGCCGGUGUAUUUCCAGUGCCUGUCAAAACAACAGGACGAAAACAAUGGACACUAUACAAUGGAGGGAAAGGCAUCAAACGUCUUGGAAGCCCCCUCAUGGAUGAUGACUGGUGUCCAGAUUCACAGGUGGUUUUGGCAAAAAAGCUACUUGAUGAGAAAUGUGGGCCAUGGAUAGGCCUACUACCUAAGGAGGUAUUUUGCCUCAUCAACUACCCAUCUUCAUCUCUCCCAGUGUGUAGUAUUAUUCUUCCAUUCCUGCCUGCCAGUUUCCUUUGGUCCCUCUCUUCUUGGUACUUACAUUGUUUCUUGGGUCCUCUUCCUGAUCUAGAUGUAGACCAGGAGGAGAAUGCCAGGCUGGGGGUGUAUUGGUUGAUCAAAGCCUCAGAACAGGGACAUCAAGAGGCAACAGAUUUACUCAGCCACUGCCUUCAAACUGGUCAAGGUAUUUGUGAGCACAACUAUGUGGACGUAAGGGCUUGUCUUGAUAUGCCUCAAGAAGAAAAGCUAGCUCGGUGUGCAGCUCGGAAGGUGUUUGAAAGCAUGUCUGCAGGAGAAGAUUUCAUAACAAGUGACCAACUUCAGGAUAGAAUGACUCGUUUGGAUGAACAAAAAGGACAGAGAGUGGAAGAUCAGCCAUCUACAUCAAGUGGUGAGACAACUGACUGGAAGAACCGCAGCGAUGGUGGAGAGAAGUUAACAGAGGAUAUGUUGAUAUCGGCUGCGACCACGUACUCGAGGGGAGAGAUGCCGCUGGUCACAGCAGUGCUCAGUCUACAGCCCAGUUCCCGAGCGAGACCCAGUCUGCUACAAGCUGUCUUACUGCACCCCUUCCGUGUGGUAGCAUCCUCGUACAAUCAGAUUGUACGGUCCCUCGGCUGCCACAACAUCUGGUGGUACAUGCCGUUAUCCCUAGCACAGGUAAAGCUGGUGCUGACUGUACUGUUCAUCCUGUCGAUGGGACUAGAUGCUCUGCUAGCCAUGCUGCCAACAAUCCUGUAUUAUUGCUCUCUGGCUGUUAUGGUGGUAGCCACCUGCCACGUCCUCACCAAAAGACAAGAUAUGCGCCACUUCAGAAGGUGGUCAAACCUGUUCCUUGCCUAUUCAGAUGGUAAUGUGAACACAGGCCAGGCAGAGUUCCAGUACUGUCGUAACAACAUCGGACCUUACGUCUGGUUUUUCCUUGGUCUGCUGAUGCACCUGUUGCUGUACCCUGUUCUGAGGCAGUCCAUACCUCAGUCAGAGCUAGCUGUUCUGGCAUUUGGUUUUACCUGCCUCACUCUCUACAGUUUCACU